AUGUCUGAACUCACAAAACGAUCCACUCCUCAACGCCAACAAUCUCAGAUUGCAAGUAAAAUUGACAACGCGCGAGAGCGUCUUCGCCAGCUCCGUCGCGAACUUCUUAAUAACUUUAAUCCACUUCGCAAGUUUCAACAUCAAAAUAUCGAAAUCAUCCCUUCCCCAUUUUUACAUCGUCAGGAUCCAUGGUCAGGAUCCUCACCAUUAAUAUUCGAGACACCUUUCUACCAAAGCAUGGAGACCAACAGAAUGCCUGCUAUGAGUUACAGUCCAGUCAUGGAUGGCUCAGCAGAUACCAGGAAACCGCGCGCAGUACAAUCGCAGCCUUGUGUCUCUGCAAUAUUCGUACACGCUGGUGCAGGUUAUCACAGCACUACAAAUGAGCACAUUCACUUGGGAGCGUGUAACGAUGCUGCUCGCGCAGCGAUGCGAAUCCUCAAAGCGGGCGGCUCAGCUGUUGAUGCAGUCGAAGCUGCCAUCAAAGUUCUUGAAGAUAAGGAAAUUACUAAUGCUGGAUAUGGCAGUAAUUUAUCAAUUGAAGGUAUCGUUGAAUGUGAUGCAACAGUAGUAGAUCAUUUGGGGAGAAGUGGUGCCUGCGGCGCAACCGCCCAAAUCAAGAACCCUGUCAGUCUGGCCCGAUUGAUCUUGGAAGCCUCGAGUCGACCAUUGUCUUUAAGAAGAGUCCCGCCCAACCUUCUCGUCGGCCAAGGAGCGACGGACUUCGCGUGGGAACACGGCAUACCAAUAGUACCACAUGAUAUGAUGUGCUCUAAAAAUGCUCGCGAAAGAUAUAUUCGUUGGCGUGAAGAUUUGCGUCGUGCUGAGGGUGGUCGCAUGACACCAACAAGUGCACAUAGCAGCCAAGCUGCCGAUGACGAAGUUGCCGUUCGGGAAUAUGAGGAACGUGUGAGAGCAAAACAACGUCGAGACCAUACCAACGCACUUAUGACCGGCACGUGGAAUGAAGGGCAGCCUGAUUCUCCUUCAACAUCAUCCCCAGGCCGAGCAUGUCCUCAAGAAUGCGGUCCAUAUUCGCCACGUCCAGGUACUCCUCCUAGCCGAGGCUACUUUCAAAUGAGCACACCAGGCCGUGGAGCUUCUCGCUCUCCAGUUAGCACCACACCCGCAAAACGUGCACGACUUGCAGCACUUAGUGAUGGAAGCCCGGGACGUGUUCAUUCUCUUCUAUCCCCGAGCAUUACUACUAGCGGCAUGUUCAGCGAGCCAAAUGUAUCUUUAACGACUGGAGCGUCUACUAUAGAGAGGCCAUCAAGUACAGACGGUCAAUUCUCGCCAACAGAUCAGGACAAAGUCAUUGAGAUGUAUGCCGCGCCAUUGGAUCUCGCCCAAGAGGGAACAAUCGAAGGUCCUCAUGAGUCUACUCCAGAACCUAAUCUCCAAAAGGAAGACGUGGAUUUGAUCACUGAUACCGUUGGAGCUAUUGCUAUUGACAUGUAUGGUCGUAUUGCUGCAGCAUCUUCUUCAGGUGGAAUUGGGAUGAAACAUCGUGGCCGUGUUGGUCCUGCUGCUCUCGUAGGCAUCGGUACCGCUGUGGUUCCUUGCGACGAGAAAGAUGAAGAUCAGAUAUCAGUUGCUGCGGUUACCAGUGGCACGGGAGAGCAUAUGGCAACUACCAUGGCUUCACAGAAAUGUGCUGACAGACUUUACCACAACACCAGACGAGCUCGUGGUGGUCAAGACAUGGAAGCUAACGAAGAUGAAGCUAUGGAAUCAUUUGUUCAAGCUGAUUUCAUGGGACAUCCUGGUGUCUGUGGUAGUAACUCUGCCGGUGCGAUCGGUGUCAUGGCUGUCAAGAAGACAGCGUAUGGAUACUUUCUUCACUUCGCCCAUAACACAGACUCAUUUGCCUUGGCAUCUUACGCUUCAAAUGAGAAAGAUGCCAAAUGUGUCAUGUCCCGUCUCGGAGAUCAUGGCAACAUCGUCCGAGGAGGCCGAAAGUCUUCUCCUUUGAGUUGCAAGACUCAAGUGGUUGAGUUGUUUGGCUUCAUCAUUAAUUUUCUUGACUUGCGCAAUUACGUUACACACGAAUGGGAUAUUGCUUUGACGACAAAGGGAGCUUAUGAAAUUAUGAUUAUGAAUUGA